AUGGAGCGAGAAAAUGAAGUCCUGCGUCUGAAGCAGGUCGAGAGCGAGCUGAGUGUCGUUCAGGAGCGCCAGGACAAAGAUCUGGUGCUAGCUUCAGCGAUUCAGGAGAUGCGCGACCGUCUCCGACGACUAGAGGCGGAGGCUAUUGCCAGUCGAGAACACGCUGCCACGGUAGCGAGUGCUGCUGACAGUAAGACAAAUAACAAGGAGGUAGGGACACCGACGGUAGCAUCAGUAUCAAGUGAGAACAAGAUCGAUGCAGCGUUGGCCGUGCUAACGGCCAAGGAGAAGCCUCAAGAGCAGAAUGAGGAAUCGCCUAGUUGGCUCACCUCGUCGUUGGACGGUGCUCAGGGACGCAGAGAUAAACGCCAUCAGGAAAUGUUGCAAGGGGAUAUUGCAGCGUAUAUCGCCAAGCAAAAAGAGCAGGCUAAGUAA